AUGUCUUAUUCUAAAGCUAAUGUAGCAGAGCAAGGGACAAAUAACACAGGGUCCCAACAAAGCUCAAGGUGGAGUCCAACACCAGUUCAAUUACUUGUUCUUGAGGAAUUGUAUAGGCAGGGAACAAAGACACCAUCAGCAGAACAAAUCCAGCAAAUAGCAUCACAGUUGCGCCAGUUUGGGAAGAUUGAAGGGAAGAACGUGUUCUAUUGGUUCCAAAAUCACAAAGCAAGAGAGCGUCAAAAACGUCGUCGCAGGGAGAUGGAGGAAUAUGCUUCUUCCACUCAAGGGUUGAAAGAGACAGGUUGUGAAGUUAAAGAGACAAAGAAAUGGGCGCCCACUUCAAACUGCAGUGGACAUGCAGAGGAAUCUGUUGUACUGGAUAUAGCAGAAAAGGGAUCUAAUGGGUGGACUCAACUUGAGGAGAGAGGAAUACAAGUUUUGAAGAGAAACAUAGCAGAAAGGCAAACUAGGUGCCAAAAUAUGGAGAUUUCAUGCUUCCCUCCCAUUACUAUGGCAGCUACAACUUCAGUAGCAGCAAACAGAACACUUAACAAACAACUUUUUUGUAAGUUACCUUCCGUACUCAACAGAGAAAGCUUCAACUAUUAUGAUGAAGAAAAUAUUGCUGAUCCUCGGACCCUUGACCUUUUUCCACUUAAGAGGGAUGACCAAGAGAUGAAAUCUAAGUUCUGUGCUAAUGCUUCUUCUAUGGACACUGAAAUCGCUUGCAACAAGUUUUUUGAGUUUUUUCCUUUAAGAAACUGA